GGCAAGGAGGUCACUCGUACCUGCAAGAAUGGCUUUGGUGGGCAGGGCUGCUGUGCAUGGGAGUUGGAGAAGCAGCAAAUUUUGCUGCCUAUGCCUUUGCCCCUGCAACGCUGGUAACUCCUCUGGGUGCUCUAAGUGUCCUUGUUAGUGCAGUUCUAUCUUCUACUUUCCUGAAUGAACAGCUGAAUGUUCAUGGGAAGAUUGGCUGCAUCCUGAGUAUCCUGGGCUCCACGGUGAUGGUGAUCCAUGCUCCACAAGAAGAAGAGGUUUCCAGCCUGGAGUCAAUGGCAGAGAAGCUGAAAGAUCCAGGAUUCAUUGUAUUUGCUGUGUGUGUCCUGGUGAGCUCCCUUCUGCUUAUCUUUGUGGCUGGACCCCGUUGUGGACAGAGCAACGUCCUAGUUUAUGUUUUGGUCUGCUCUGCCAUCGGCUCGCUUUCUGUGUCCUGUGUCAAAGGCUUGGGGAUUACCCUGAAAGAACUGUUUUCCGGGAAGCCAGUCCUGAAAGAACCACUGGGCUGGGUGCUCCUGGUGUGCCUGGUGAUCUGCAUCAGCGUCCAGAUCAACUAUCUGAACAAAGCCUUGGACAUCUUCAACACAUCUGUGGUCACACCUGUUUACUACGUGCUGUUCACCACAGCAGUCAUGAUGUGCUCUGCCAUCCUCUUCAAGGAGUGGCAACACAUGGUGCUAGACAACAUCAUUGGCACCAUCAGCGGCUUCCUCACCAUUGUGUCUGGCAUCUUCCUCCUGCACGCCUUUAGGGACAUGCCCUUCACCUCCGACCUCCUGCCCCUCUUCCUGCAGCAAGGCAGGGUAGACCUGCAUGCCACGUGGAGGAGCACAGACAGACAUCAGUCAUGUCAGCAUCAGCCUCUUCUUUCCUCAGAGGACAAAGGCUCUCAGAGCACAGAGGAGGAAGAGGAGGAAGGUGAAAGCAUGUGA